GCACUCGUCCGCCACGUACUCGACAGGCUCGGCAUAGUCGGGCUCGGGGCAACAGCGACAGAAACUGAGACAGUGGCACCUUCCUCUUUCAGAAAAUGACCGGCGCCAUCUACCGGUGCGGCGAGUGUGAGGGCUACCACCUUUGCUUUAUGUGCUAUGGAUCCCGCGACAGGUUGCAUCCCCCAUCGCACGGCUCUUUCGUCGUUAUCGGUGACGAAAUCGGCCCGGACAGCCCCCAGAAUGAAGGCUGGCACGUGCAAGAGGAGGGAGCGAGACUGUCGGCUGAAACGAGCUCGCGGUCCGCGUCGCCGGGUAACGGGGAGCCCUUCGGAGACAGCGACGAGGGCGGUUAG